UAACAACGUUUAAUUUUUGCAAAAACUUAAUCGCAAAUAAAACAAAGCACCUACAAUUUGGAUAUCUUAAUUUGCAUUAAAUAUUUUGUCAUUUGUCAACAAUUAGGCCAAUGCUUUGCAGGAUAUGAGUAACAAAACUAAAUAUUUUUCUUUGUUAAUUGUCUUUCUAAUUACGAUAGUUUUGUUUGUGUAGAUAUUCCGAUGUACGGUCAGUUUGAAUGACUCAGUUUGUUAAUGUCAUUUCCUUUAAGUAGUAACUACUAACUACCUAUUAGUAAUUAGUGAAAGAUGUUUAGGGGGAGGAAAAAUAUUGGCUUUCUACACCACAACUUUACUCUACGUGCUCUUGACAGUACCAUGGCCCAAAAUAAAGAUGAGCUGCCUUUGAAUCAGCCGUUAGAAAAGAUCAAGAUGGAGACAGAUUUGGAGAAGGCUAUGGAUCUUGCUGGCGCAGGCAAAUUUCAGUUUGCGCACUGCGCUCUGAUGGUCGCUACUCUAUCGGCUGCCAUAUUGGAAAUUAUUGGCAGUUCGUACAUCUUGCCAGCCGCUUCUUGUGAUCUGGACAUUCCCGAUCACCUCCGGGGAAUAAUCACCUCUAUUCCCAACAUUGGAAUAAUUUUAACGGCAACGCUAUGGGGCCGUGCUGCCGACAAUCUGGGAAGAAAACCAGUACUGCUACUGUCUACGGCAAUCGCAGGAAUAUUUGGCAUGAUGGCAUCCCUGAUGCCCAACCUUUUGGGAUACGUAAUAUGCAAGUCUCUGGGUUCGCUCUUCCUGUCUUGUCCCUCGUCAUUGGGAUUUGCGUACGCGGGAGAGAUGGUGCCGCUCAGGAGAAGAGAUUUCGCGCUGCUCUUAUGUAACGGCAUUCUUAUGUUCGCGUCGGCUGCGUGUCCCAUAAUAGCUUGGGCAAUACUGCCUCAUAACUACGAUAUUGGAUCCCUCCACAUCCAACCAUGGAGGUGUUUGACGGCAGCGAAUUCCCUCCCACUGGUUUUUGCAGCGCUUUGGCUGACUCGAGCGAAGGAGAGCCCCAAGUUCCUUAUGACCAAAGGAAAGAAGACCCAAGCCUUGGAAAUUCUGAGGCACAUUUAUUCCACCAAUAGUGGCAACGAUAAAGAAAAAUAUGAAGUGAUAUCAUUACAAUCAUCCUUGGAAGAUGGUGAUCGACCUAACGAUAACUGCGAGAAUGAGAAGAAAUCUGGCCAACUGUCGGCGUUGGCGUUGUUGCGUCCUCCUCAUCUCAAGUGGCUGGCGUUGACCGGUUUCCUUAUGUUUGGCCUGUUCUCAUUGUUGAAUGGGCUUUUUUUGUUUGCUCCGAGCACAAUAAACACAAUGCUCAAAGACAAGUCAGACGAAUCUAUGACAGUGUGCACCAUCAUGAACAUGCCUAAUAACGAGACAUCAUCGAAAGGUUGCAACGAUGGUAUCUCAUCAGGUACCUUCACCAUCACCAUCAUCACCUCCCUGGUGUACAGCACCUUGGUGAUGCUGAUCAGCCUCAGCCCCAUCAACAAGAAGAUACAGCUGAUCGGCAUGUUCACCGUGGUCGCCACCACCUGCCUUAUAUCUGUGCUGACGCGUAACAGAAUCGUGGCUGGUAUAUCGAUGUCGGCGCUGCAGGUGACGGGGCUCGGGAUCGGUCCUCUGACGGCGUACGCUGUGCAGCUGUUUCCCACCAAUUUAAGAGGCACAGCGGUGGGUGCGGUGAUGAUGUUCGGUCGGGUGGGCUCGGUGUCGGGCGCCAACGCGGCCGGCAUCUUCCUCGCCGGCGCCUGCACCGCCACCUUCUACGGGUUCGCCGCCAUCUUGAUAGUUUGUGCUGCCCUGAGCUUUGUUUUACCCAGUGACAACAAAGUGUCGAGUGAAAGAUGAAAAAAACCUUAAACCAAAAACCAAAGGCCUGGAAGGCUCUUUUAAAACAUUAUGUAGUUUACUCUAGAAUCUACCAAGAUUAGUUAGAAAACUUGCCUCAAGAUUUUUUGCAGUUUUAUAAAAUGGACGCGAUAAAAUAUUUUUCUCACCUCCGGGCGGAAAACGUCAACUUUCUUCCCGCUGCGCUUACCGAUGUUGCCGUUUUCCGCCUCCGUCGAUGAGAAAAAUAGUAUACGCACCAUGGGCAGUAAAGUAAGCCUCAGAUCACAAUACGUUUGUUCACGUCGGCUUCGCUUCGGUCUACAAUUACAUGUGAUCUGAUACAUUUCUUAUUUUUCUGCCCUUGGUGCGUAAUGUAUUAUAUUUUCAU